UGUGUGUGUGUGUGUGUGUGUGUGUGUGUGUGUGUGUAUAUAGGAUUCUACCUCAUUGGGAAGAGUGAUUGGAGAAGGAAAGGGAGGAGUAGGCGACGAGGAUGAAGAGGAGGAGGAUAUGUUUGAAACGGAGUUCAGACAAUACAAGCGCACCUACUAUAUGAGCAAGAUGGAGGUGGAUGUGGUGUCUGAUGAGUUUCUAGCCAAGCAGGCCAAGUGUUACGUGGAAGGGAUCCAGUGGAUUCUCCACUACUACUACCACGGGGUUCAGUCCUGGAGCUGGUACUACCCCUACCACUACGCCCCCUUCCUGUCGGACAUCAAGAACAUAUCAGGGUUAAAGUUGACAUUUGACAUUGAGAAACCCUUCAUGCCCUUCCAGCAGCUGUUGGCCGUCCUGCCUGCUGCCAGCAAGGAGCUGCUGCCUGAGAGUUACAGGCACCUGAUGACCAGUGAAAACUCCCCCAUCAUUGAGUACUACCCAAUUGACUUUAAAACAGACCUCAAUGGCAAGCUGCAGGAAUGGGAGGCUGUGGUUCUUAUUCCGUUCAUAGAUGAGAGGUGCCUACUAGCAGCCAUGGAUCCCUUUAAUGACAAGAUGACUAAAGAAGAGAAGGCCAGGAACCGUCACAUAGAAUGUGCAGUCUACUCGUACGACCCGGAAAAAGACUGCUCGUACGUCUCCAACCUGCCUGAGCUGUUCCCCGACAUCGUCCACUGCCACGUCAGGAAAACAGACAUCCCUAUGGACGCCUGGCAUGUACGGCUGGACCACGUCAGCAGACGCUUCGACCGCUCGGCUCUGUACUUCUGUGGCUUCCCCACACUGCAGCACAUCAAACACAAGUUUCACAAGAAGAAGAGUGGGGUGGUCGUGUUCCAGCAGAGCAGCAGAGGGGAGAACAUGAUGCUGGAUAUCCUCCCCAGCCGAGAAGAGCCGGUGAGCUUUUGUCUGAUUUUACAGUUGUUUUUUUUUGCAGAUGGGACGUUUUACAAACUAUCGUCAGAG